AUCACGCGCGCGGGCGAGACCUGCCCUCUCCCUCGGAGCUCUACUGGGGGGCAGCAGCCCGUAGGAUCGCCCCACUGAGCCCCCCGAGGUCCAGCCAGCUGGAUGGGAGGCACAGGGCCCGGGCUGGCAAACCCAGGGCUGACUCUUUCGUCAUCGCGCCCCGCCUCGUGUUGAGGCGUGCCUCAGAAAAGGGAAGAUGAAGUGCGUUGUGGUUUCCAGUGAAAGUGCUGAAGUUCUAUUCUAUUGGGCUGACCCAGAUUUCCUGGCAAGCUUACACCAACGCUUUGGGAACCAUAAUCAAAGUGGUGAUGAGCCUCCUGCUUCAGAGGACAGCAUCAACACGCUCUUUGCCCCCGUGAUCAUCUCCUGCAUGACACUGCUUGAGAAACUGGGGGACACGUAUACUUCCUUCUCUGGAGAAAAUGGCAGACAUCUCCAUGUGUUGCAUUUGUUUGGUGAGUGCCUGUACAUUGCAGUGAAUGGUGAUGGGUCAGAAAGCGAAGAUGACUUGCGCCGAAAGCUCUACGUGCUCCGGAGAUUGACCGAGGCUCACUUUGGCCUGGUUACACUGGACAGCCAUCUCAUCCGCAGGGAGCUGCGGCCAGUGGAUUCUGAGCAGCGUGCUCAUGUCUGGAAACUCUUUCAGAACCUGCUGGAGACUUACAGCCAGCUGCGCCAGGAGGACCAGAGCUUUCUUGUGGAGGCUGUGGAGCGACUGAUCCAUCCACAGCUGUGUGAACAGUGCAUAGAGUUCUUGGAGCGCCAGGUUGUGCAACACAUCAAUGGCAGCACAGAGCGUGCUGGACACGAAGUGGUGCAUGCCUUUCUGCUGGUACACACCAAGCUGCUGGCCUUUUACUCCAGCCGGAAUGCCAGCUCGUUGAGGCCUGCUGAUUUGCUCACCCUCCUCCUGAUAGUACAGGAUCUUUACCCCAGCAACUCUUCUGAAGAGCAAAAUGGCCUACAGCUUUCAGAGGAUAAGCCAAGUCCUCAGCAGCUUUGUAGCAGUGAGAGUAUCCCUGUGAAGAGCUCUUGUCCCAGUGAAGCAUCUCAAGAGCAGGUAGCAGAUGAUGUCUCUGUGCCGGAGGAGUUCUACACGCCCAAGGCUUCCCCUAGCCAACAGAGUAUCGGGAGUGCUGCAUGGUCCGAGGGUGUGGAUUCACAGGGCGAGGGAGAAGUGAAUUCUGCUGACAUCCAGAUAGCUGAGGAUUCACUGCAUGCUCUGAUGUCCACAACGUCCGAGGCCACCAACCCGCGGCGAUUUUUUCUGGAUGCAAACUUGAAGGAAGGGUAUUGUCCCAUGAUGCCCCAUACCAUGCAUUGUUUACCCCUCUGGCCAGGGAUCUCUCUGGUACUCCUCACUAAGGGCCCCAGUUCCCAUGUGGCACUUUCCCUUUAUCAGCUGUUGGAUGGAUUCCUGGUGGUGGAGAAGAAACUCAAAGAAGGGCAGGAGAUGGGUCACCCCCUACGUUCUUAUCCACUCUUGCUGGAGCUCCGACAUCGAAUGGACAAGUUUGUUAAGAAGCUGGGUGGGCAAGAACUCCAGCUGCAGAAUGCCUGGCUGGAAUUUAAGAACAAGAUUUUUUCUCGAAGUGAGGCUUUGAAUUCCUGGGAGAUUCUGCAGGCAUUUUGCAACAUCAGGCGGCAGCUGUGUGUGGUGUACCGGCUUCUCUUUCUUGGAUCCUCAGGAGCCCAAGGCCUGCCUCAAAGCAUGCUGGACCGAGCACAGCAGUUCACACGGGACAAGCUCCGGGAUUGGAGAGACUUCCUGCUGGUGAAGAGCAAGCGUAAUGUCACAGUGGUGUCAUACCUGGAGGAUUUCCCAGGUCUUGUGCACUUUAUCUACGUGGACCGGACAACAGGACAGAUGGUGGCACCAUCACUUAUUGUGGCUGAGGACUCUGCUGUUGAACUAGGCAAAGGACCUUUGCCUGCCUUUAUUAAGGGGAAGGUGUGGUCACUGGUGACAUUGGCUAGAAGCUACUUGCAGAAAGGCUACACCAUGAUGACACUGCGGGAUGGAGAUUAUUAUUGCACCUACUUCCUUUGGUUUGAGAAUGAGCUGGGCUGCAAAUUGGAGGUUACAGAAGUGCCAGUGCUUUCUGACGAUUCAGCCCCCAUUGGGACACUGGCAGGUGACUACUACAGGAAGUUGCUCCGUUACUACAGCAAGAGUCACACAGGUGAAGUGCUUAAGUGCUAUGAGCUGUUGACCAUCCACCUGGGUAUCAUGCCCACGGAAGUGGUGAUCCAGCAGGGUUGUGACUUAGCGCGGCAACUCUGGGAGCCAACCCGCAUCCCCCUUCUUUAGGGGCUUUGGUCGCUGCUUUCCUGUGCUCCGGGCUUGAAGUGUGUGCUUUCCUUGGGACAAUACAUUUGCCUGCGCUGCACUGCCAUUCACUUAGUUGGAAGAGCAAUCUGUUCUCCAUUCCUACCAUGCAGAAUUGGGUAUCCUUGCUCUGGAAGGGGAUAGCUUGACUCUAGGCAUUGAAGCCAAUGGGACCAAAUUGCUUUCUAGGCAGUGCUGACGUGACUUGGGGAUUCUGUGUGAGAUCUGAGCUAGAGAAACAUUCUCCUUGUGCAUAUAUCAACCCAUCCUUCUGCAUCUGUGUAAGCUGCAACAGUGUCUCUAUGGCUUAUCUGUGGCAAUUAGAUACACUGAAAUAACAAGGAACUUUCAUGACCCAGGCUUUUCUUGUGACCAUGAAAGACUGUGAGAAUGAAGUGUUAGAGCCAGUCCCUGGAUAGACUUGGUCAACAUGAGACUUGGUUUGCCUCUGGAUGUUGUUGCACUUAAGAAAUCUCACCUGCUCAGUGUAGAUAAGGAGUCUGUGGCCACUUCAUGAAAACACUUCCACUAUUAAAGCUUAAAAUGGGUUUGAACCCUUCCAAGUAAUGUAAAAAUAUGGGAUCUGUUCUAGAGGUAAGGACAGGAGUACAUGUAGACUUUUCCAGAAACUGGCUUUAUAUAUGUAUAUGCUGCAGUGAAGCAUCACAAUACCAUACUGUGUGCAAAAUGUCAUUCAAGUAAAUGUACCGGUGGAAAAGGCCUUGUGACAUGCUUUCUUAUGAGUAUAGUUAGAAGCUGUUUGUAUACACAUUCUAAACUACCCCCAGUAGUAGGGAUGUUCCUUAAAAUUAGUGUCAAUUUAAAAAAAAUACAAUGGCUACAGGAAGUUGUAAAAUCACUAUUUUUAAAAAAAAAAUAGAGUAAAUUAACUAUUUUACAAAUGGGCUGAAUAGAAACCAUUAAAACAAUUUGCUAUUUCUACUGUUUUGGCAAUAUAUUUCUAUUAAAAAUUCAGUGACAAAAAAGGCCCUUGCAAUCUGGGGGGGGGGGGGGAAGAAUAAUUACUGAUAAAUUUUUGCAAUGGAUAAUGGAGUAUUUACAUAUACUUAUGCUAAAUACUCACACUUAUGCUAAAUACUCCAUCAUGUACUUAUGUAGUAAUGCUUCAUAAAAGCUUGUAGUUGUAGUCUUCCUGUAGGGUAUUAAAUUUGUAGGUUAUGAUGAAGAUCCACAGACAAUUUCAGAACACAGAUAGCAGGAUAUACCUUCUGCAAGCUCUAUUGUGAAUCAGGAAAGAAAAGUUCUAGCUCAAGGAAAGAAGCACUGUUAAUGGUGUCUAUUUUUAAUUAUAGGAUUAAAAUACACUCAACUCACUGAGUGCUUAUAACUUUGUAGGAAAAGGAAAUUCUGGGAAAAAUAUUAAUGUUUGAAAAGGGGGGUUGCUAAAUAGUGGGGCAACAAUGCAACUUAAGGACAUUGAUGAUAAAACAGUGAAUCAAAAGCCAAUUGUGUCAGAUUUCUUAAAAUAUGACAUUUUCUCCAUGAAAAAUUAAAAGGGCACCAACUGAAUUAAGAUGAUUUUUUAAAUGGUGUUGCGUCGCUUAAGGAAUGUUAGGGGUCUGCUACCUAAAUGCUGUGAAAAUGUGUUACAAGUUAAUUGAACUGUAAAAACUUCGACAGAACUGGAACAUCUUCAUUAGACAGUAGCUGAUGUCUGCAAAGAUAAAGGUCAACGCUGAUCAAUUGUAAAGAAAGCUAUAAUCAGUAGAAUGUGAUUUCAGUGAUGCAUAAGAAGUUGUACUCAGUAUCCAAAGACAGUGUUUGGGGCUCUAGGAGAGGGCAAGCAGAUACAUUGCAUACAUGUGGUAAUAUUAGGUGGGGCCUGUCUAGGGCUUCAAAUCACUCACUCAGCUCUGAGGCUUACUGGCCAAGGUUGUGCCAAAACUUUUCUUUCCCCCCAACAUACAUCUCAGGAAUAUUGGGAUAAAAUUGAUAUAACGGGUCAUGAGUUCCUUGGCAGAAGGCUGGGAUUUAAAUGCAAUGAAGUAAAUAAGCAUUUAUUUACUACUGUAUUUUUCAUUAUGUAAAAUGAUAUACCGUAUGAUGCAAAAUACUGAUAUAUUUUAUUAUGAAUUUCUGUUGUAUAAGCUUCUUAUAUGCCAAUAAACAUGUAGCAACUA